AUGGGACAUUAUUUAGUGAGGAGACUGCUCGUGGCAAUCAGUCACCUGCCGUUGGCGUUCACGAGAGGUGGUUUAUAAACAUUCACUACUUGUUGUUCAAAUCUUCACGCGGUACAUAUUACCAGUAAAUAUGGAGGCCAAUAUGUCCGUAAGGGAUUUCUACAGAGGUCGAAACAUUCUCUUGACUGGCGGAUCUGGAUUCAUGGGGAAAGUACUCAUAGAGAAACUUCUUUAUUCUAUUCCUGAUCUUGGAAAUAUUUAUGUCCUGAUGAGACCAAAACGAGGAAAAUCAUUUACGCAACGUCUGGAAGAUAUGCAACGAUUACCGUUGUUCGACCGUUUAAGACAAGAACGUCCCGCCGCAUUGAAGAAAAUAAAAGCUUUACAAGGCGACGUUUUAUUUGAAAAUUUCAGUUUAUCUGAAAAGGACAUUGAGGAAUUAUCUAAGGAGAUAUCAGUAUUUUUCCACUUUGCAGCAACCUUGAAACUGGAAGCACCCCUGAAGGACAAUGUCAACAUGAAUACUUCUGGUACCGUUAGAGCUUUGAAUGUCGCGAGACGGUUGAAAAAUCUAGCUAUUUUUGUUCAUCUUUCAACAGCUUUCUGCUACCCAGAUUACGAAUCUCUAGGAGAAAGGAUUCAUGCUCCACCAGCCAACCCCGAAGAUAUAAUGCGUAUAAUAGAAUGGAUGGACGAUAAGCAACUUAAAGCGCUAACUCCUUCACUGCUAGGAGCUCAUCCCAACUGCUACACGUACUCUAAGCGUUUAGCUGAAAAUGUCAUUGAGAAGGCUUAUGAUGAACUACCUGUUGCUAUUGCCCGUCCUAGUAUUGUAUGCCCGACGGUACUGGAGCCAAUGAGUGGCUGGGUGGACAGUCUCAACGGACCAGUGGGAUUAAUGUUGGGAGCUGGCAAAGGCGUCAUCCGCACCAUGCUAUGUGACGGCAGCUUAAAUGCACAAGUUAUACCUGUAGAUACAGCCAUCAACGCAUUGAUUGUUAUGGGAAUGGUUGAAGCCACAAAGAAAGAAAAAUCUCCAACUGUUCCGGUAUACAAUUUGAAUAAUGGUCAUCAAAACCCUAUGACAUGGGGUAGAGUAUUGCAAAUUGGCAAAGUUUACGGACGCAAGUAUCCUCUAGAAUGGCCAUUGUGGUACCCCAAUGGAGACAUAACCACUAAUAGGAUAUUACACGAAAUCUACCGGCUCCUAUUUCAUCUUCUGCCAGCUUAUUUUAUUGAUUUACUUAUGCUCAUUUUGGGACAAAAGCGAUUUAUGGUGAGAAUCCAAGACAGAAUAAGCCAAGGACUAGACGUUCUGCAAUAUUUCACUAUGCGUCCAUGGACAUUCCCCUGUCCUAAUUAUGAUAGCCUACAAACAAUAUUAAACGACGAAGAAAAAAUUAUAUACAAUAUGGAUCAUAGAACUUCUAACCGGGAAGAAUACUUAAGAGCAUGUAUAGAGGGAGGACGUAUAUACUGUCUUAAGGAAGACCCGAAUAAAAUAGGCAGAAACAGAGCUUACCACAACUUCCUCUUCACAUUGGACUGCAUCGUUAAAUUCUUCUUCUGGAUGCUAAUUUUUUCGUAUUUGGCGUCGUGGUUCGAGCCUGUCAAGGUUAUGUUCUCUUAUGGAGGUCCAGUUGUGAAAUAUUUACCUAUUCUAGGCAAAACUGUGUUUGAAGAUGACCAAAUUUAAACAAGUAUAUUUGACCACAACAUGAAGGAUCAUCUAUACUCCAUUAUACAUAAGGUAUAGAUAUAAAGUAGGUAGGUAGUUACAUUAUAAACGACUUCAAUUCCCUCUUCAAUGGAUCUAAUGUAUAUUAUCUUCAGUUACAACUAACUAUAUAU